AUGGCUACUUUUCAAGCCGUAAACACCAUGCUACCUGUCCCGGAAGCCGCAGCUGGACAUACCGCCGACGACACCACCCCGACUACACCUCGACCGAACCACACCUUCUUUCCACCGUCCGACUCGCAGCCAACCCAGCUACCGCACGCCGAAGGCCCCUCCUUGACAACGCCGACCCGUAACAGCUUCAGUGGGCUCGCUGCCCAGCGCCCUUUGCCUGCCACACCCCUGACACCUGCGACCGAGUCUACCGCACAUCCAGAACCAGAUGCGCCGUCAGGGAGGGGGAGCUCCCACAAAUCGGCCCUCUCGAUGGAUUCCUCUGAGGUCGGGAGGCUACCCGUGAAUGAAGACAAGGGCGACGGUUCGGACAAUGAAAGUGUGAAGAGUGACUCGAGCAGACCUGCUAAGAAGAAGAAGGGUCAGCGUUUCUUCUGUACUGACUACCCACCCUGCAACCUCAGCUUCACGAGGAGUGAACACCUGGCGAGGCAUAUCCGGAAACACACCGGGGAGCGUCCCUUCCUAUGCCACUGUUCUCGACGUUUCUCACGAAUGGACAACCUGAGACAACACGCAGCAACGGUGCACAUCAACGAAGAUAUACCCGAAAACUCCUUGGCUGCCACUGUAACGCGCUAUCAAAGACAAAUUCGCACUGAGCGUGUACGGCCUGCAGGAGCAGCUGGGCGGUCGCGAGCGGUUACACUUGGUAGCCAGGCGGGUCACAGUAGGGGACACAGCAGGAAUCUGUCCACGUCGAGCAUCGCUUCCACUUCGUCGAAUCUGAGCGUAAACCUGGCCCAGGACAUGAGAAGGCGACCGCAGCCCCUUGCUAUGGCCAUGGCGAACGAUGGAGCCGCUCGAGCUCGCCUAUCGCUCAGUGCCAUGGAUGCCUAUAACCCUCCCUUGACGGGAGGCCCUGGACCUCAGAUUGUCGAAUAUAUUCCUGGCUCUGCCAGCGCCACGACACCGACUUCGUCGACCUUCUCAGUCGCUACUGGGAGCCCAAAUCCGUAUGCACCUGGCCUGCAGUCACCGUUCUCCACGUCUUCCCGCCCGGUAUCUUGGGGUGGCCCGAAUGCAUACGACCGUCGUUUAUCGGUCCCAGGCGGUCCUGCCCUGAGUUCUGAUGCUCCUGGCCAGCGGCCACCUCCGCAUAUGGCUUCCUUACCGUCGCCUGGGGGCGCACCUUACUAUACCCAGGGUCGGCCCACCGACUCGGACGGGACAGACUCGAGAAGAGAAUCAAUGUCGGACAUGGAAUGGCGCCGACGUACCUGGCACCCGGGCUCAUUUAGUGGCCCACGCCCUGCCACUAGCAGUCUCGGAUAUUACCAGAGCCCCGAUGCGCCUACUCCGCAUUACCCUUCGCAACCGCCAGCUGCUCAGACGACGCGACUCCCAGGUAUCGAAAGCUUCGAUCACCUUGUGCAUCACCCGCCGAGUCCGAUGCAAAUUGAUACCCCAGCGGCUCGUCCGGUCUCCUAUCAUGCAGGAAAUAAUACCCCACCCGUGGCGAGACAUGAGAAGCGUGCGAGCAUUAGCUGGGACACGCUUCAGAGGAUCGAUCGGCUCGAAAUAGCUAGCCCUAAUCCCAAGCGAGACUGGUCUCAGUAUCAAGAGGUUUCGACAGACAGAAGCAACCGACCCGUCACUGCUCCGCAUCAUGGCUAUGCGAGCCAGCCUCAGCAUCCUGGUGCUGCUCCAUCGAUGCAAGCGCCGCCGCCUCUGGAACCACAUCUAGCAUCCUUCGAUUCUUCUACGACUCCCGUCAGUACCAAGCGUCAAGGCUGGUAUCAGGGCCCUAUCCGACAGCCACCAGUACAAACGGGGAAGACAAAUCAGCGUACAUCCUCUGAAGAAUCCAGUAGCAGCGAAGGUGUCUCGACACCAGGCUCUUAUGUGGCCGAAUAUCGUCCUGCCAUUGUACACACCAACGGCUAUGUCGAGAAGCAACGGCCGGGUGAUUCUAUGGAAAAUGUUAAGCCUGAAGCGCAUACGUCUAUCAUGGACCGCCCGCAUCCCCUCCAGGGCCAGUACGGCCAGUCUCACUAUUCGCGCUCGCCAUACCUUCCACGGCGCGAUUCUGCGAAAGGUUCCCUCGUUUCUGAUGAGCCGAAGCAUGGGAGGAGCAUGAGCAGUGAUAUGACACGACUCGACGCGCUCGUAGCUGUUGCGACCAAGGAGCAACAGGCUGUCAACCGAACCUGA